AUGAUAUCUAAACUUUUUGCUGGGAAACAAAUACAUUCCACAAGAAAUGUUGCAUUUUAUGCUCUACCACGAAUCACACCAUAUAAAAUUUCAUUAGUAUCCCUUGAUUGGAUACGUAAGAAAGACCCACCUAUUGCAUUGGGACAUGCGUGUAUCAAAGCAUCGUUAAUCCAGUCUUUCACUUCAUCCAAACUUUUGGUAAACGACCAUACAAUAAAUCUUUUUCAAAACACGCUUCCCUUCGAUAAAUUAUGUUCAUCAAUAGUCCAACAAAUUCUGUCAACUUCUCCUGACUUAAUUGCGUUCGGUGUGUUUGUGUGGAACGAAACGCACACUCAACGAGUAUUAAACCACUUACGCAAUGAACAUAAAUAUCAAGGAUUGUUACUCUGUGGUGGUCCACAAAUCAGCUAUGCACCAAAAAGAACUUUGGAACAACAUUAUCCACAAGUGGAUUAUUUUGUUCGUGGGUAUGCAGAAAAUGCAAUGGUGGAUUUCGUUCAAUGUAAAAUUGAACAAAAGGAUCGAAAAGAUCAAUUGUCAACGUUAAAUAUGAUUCAAGGGUUACACAUUGCAAAUACCCCAGAUCGUGGGACACAAGCAAGUGUGGAUCUUGAUUCGUCGGAAUCACCAUUCCAAACUUCUCCACCACUCAUAAAUGUUUCAUCCCAACAAUUUAUAAGAUGGGAAAGUCAACGUGGAUGUCCAUUUCGUUGUUCUUUUUGUGCGCAUAAAGAUGCUGCAGCAGGUCGAAUUCCGGUAGGAUCACUUCGUGUUAAACGAGACCUAAACCUAAUUACAAACAAACAUUCCAUAGUUAAUGAUAUCACAAUCUUGGAUCCAACAUUUAACUCUGGAAAGAGUUACUUAUCUGUACUAGAUCAUUUUAUUGAAACUUCGUUUAAAGGGAAAAUCGCCUUACAAACGAGGUUCGAAAUGGUUAACAAAGAAUUUCUUGAAAUAUGUGAAAUUUUAAAAGAUGUGGUGAUAUUAGAAUUCGGUAUUCAAACCGCCAUUCGUGCGGAACAACUGGAGAUAGAACGAUUUAAUAAUUUAAAACGAAUCACCGAAAUUGCAAAAGAGCUGACAAGGCGUGGAAUCAUGUUUGAGGUUUCAUUAAUUUAUGGUUUACCAAAUCAAACAGUUGAAAGUUUUCGAGUUAGUAUAGACUUUGCGAAAAUGUUGGGUGCGAAUAAAAUUUAUGCUUGGCCAUUGAUGUUAUUGAGGGGAACAGGAUUAGAGAGACGAAAAAUUGAUUUGGGAUUAAGAGAAGAGAUUUUAAUUCCUGGAGAACUUACAGAAAUUGCCAAAGAAAGAUUGAGCGAAGGAAUACCUCAUGUUACAUCGUCACCUUCUUUUACUAAAGAUAAAUGGUUAGAGAUGAGUGCCAUCGCUGAAGCUCUUUAA